AAAGAAAAAGCAAAGUUUGAAAUCGUAUUGUAUUUAAACAACAAGCGAAAGAAAAGCGUUUACGUACUCGCCGCCGUUGCUACCCGUCGCCGUCGCACCAAACAUCCUCCUUUACACUUUGCUAUCGACAACAAAAUGUGGCAGCCGAGUACACAGCAUUUUCUGGCGCUGAUCCUCUGCAGCGCCGUCUGCCUGAUUAGCGCAAGUCCUCUUCCAUUGCCCGCUGGCAAUCAGGAACUGGAUGUUCUGCAAAUUCCUCUAAGUAACGGAAAGGAAAUCGAUGUCUUGACACUUGGCGCCAAAGAUCAAGAUCAGUUGAUAGCCGAUCGCAACAAGAGAACCAUUGGACUGCUGCGCGAGCUGUUUCCGGACAUAACCAAGAACGGCGCAACCGAUACGAAAAUCGAUCUGUCGGCGAUCAACAAACAACUCGAGGAGACCAUUCGCGUGGCCCGUCAGGUGAAAGAGGCUGAGGCAGCGGCCGCUGCCGCCGCCCAAUCCUCUGGCUCGCCCAUCGCCCAGGCGCCCAUUCCCCUCAAGUCGAACGAGCCCAUCCAGCUGAGCUUCAACAACGAGCUGUCCUCGGUCAGCGGCAACAGCGGCGCCAGCAGCGGCAGCAGCAGCAGCAGCAGCAUUGGAGCCACCGAUGUCAAGGCCCUCAACACCAACGAUCUCCAGCUGUCCGAGUCAAAGUCUCCGGCCAUAGACGAGCUGUCCUUGGACUCCGUGGAAGACACGGCCGACCUGGAUGAUCGCAACAAGAGUAAUAUAUUCAAAAGGUUCCUGAGCUUCGGUGGUGCCGGCCUGGCCGGCGGCUCCAGCGGCGGCGGUACGGGCGCCUCGCCCAGCGGCAACAGCUUGGGCGGCGGCGCUGGAGGCUCCGGCAACUUCCUCCUGGACGUGGUGCGCCUCUUCUCAGGCAGCGUGCAGACCCAGCAAGGCGACGAGGCCGCCAACUCGGUCAGCGGCGGCGCCAGCAGCAGCAGCGGCAGCAGCACGGACGACACGGAUGCUGGCAGCGACAGCACGCGCACCGCUGACGGCUACACCGAGGGCAUUCCCGGCCCAGUGACGCGUCUCGUUGUCCUGGCCAAUCGAGGACUGGCCAACCUGGUGCAAGACUUGAUACUGCGUGUCGCCGCCACGAGUGAGAAGUUCGUGAACUUCAAAGCCAAAUUGAUAACGGCCCUGAUAUAAGCCAGCUUGUUGAUCCUUGGCCAACUCCUCACGGCCCUGCCUUAGUCAAGUCAACCCAAUUGUACAGAGUCAACGCAGCCAGCUGCACCACGCCCACAUUUCUACACACAGACACACACGCACACGCACACGCACACGCACACACACACACACACACACAUAACGCGACACGCGCGCAGUACGCACACUCGAUACUCGUCCACUCGUCCAUCACAUUAACGUUGUUGUGUUCUUUUAUUUGACAAUGGAAAACAAUUUACAAUCUUUAGCGAAAUUUCUAUUUCUUAUAUAAAUACAUACACACACACACACAC